AUGUUGGACUGGAUGAAGGGAAACGAAGGUGCCCAAGCUCCAGAUGAUUCCAAAGUACUAGAACCUCCUGAAACCCCCGGUCAUGUCUUCGCGAUCCGUGCCUUCAAAAGCGCGAUAUUUGGAACCCCCGGGGCCGAAGAGGAUUCUGAGAGCAACGCGUCCCAGCCAAAACAAUCCGAGCAUCAACGAAGCAAAAGCGAGUCAAUCAAGCCCGCCCCGCCCGAGCUUAAGCCCGACGCGAAGCCUGAUGACGCGACUGCCAACCCCUCGGGAUCUCCGACCAAAAGCAUACUCGUCACCCCGGGAACAGCCCUACGUCGCAAAACGGUGUCAUUUGGAGAAAGUGUGGUUGAUAACGAGGGAAAACGCCCCGGUUCGGCCAGUAAGCCUGCCAAGACUCCACCCAAUCCCUCCGGCUCCCUCAGUGCCCAGUGGAUGUCUGGGUCGUCAGAUGGCAGCGGUAAACCGCGGAGCAAGCUUACUCAAACGCUCAUGAAUGCGCGCGACAACGCCUCGAAGAACUUAGAAACGUCCAAGGGCGACGAAAGUACAGAGAAACCCGACAGUCCUGAAUUGGAGGCCCUUGACAAUGAGGAUAUCACCAUGAAUCUAGAAGACCCACACUCAGAGUCCGGCAAGUACUGGAAGACAGAAUUCGACAACUACCGGGUAAAGACCAAUCGGGAGAUCAAAAAGCUGAUCCAUUACCGGUCGAUUGCCAAGUCCUACGCUCGGAAGAAGGACUCGGAAGCUAUGCGGUUAGCUGACAAACUAAAAGAAGAGGAAGAGAAGGUCGCCGAGAUGGAAAGACAGGUAUCGCGACUUGCUUCUUCUAUGGUCGGCCAGGAGUCAACCGGCGACAAAGAGCGUUUGGUCCAAGAUCUGACCAAACAGACGGCACUUGCCUUACAAUACAAGCAGCAGGUUACAUCGCUGCGCAACACUCUGGAAAAGCACGACGUGGUAAGCGAUGCAGCAACCAUCGCAGAGAAGAAGAAGGAAGAGAAAAAGGAAGAGCCUUCGUCCACCGGACCCUCGAAUGAACUUCAGAAAGCACAACAAGAGCUCAAACAGGCUAAUGCUAAGAUUGAGGAAAUGCAACGACAGAACUCUGAACUCAGCACCCUGCAGAAUCUAGCUCAAAGCUCGGAGAAGAAAGCGCAGGCGUUGGAGCAAGAGAACCACACCCUCAAGCAAACUUUGGCUCGGGUCAAGCAGGAGAUGUCACGAUAUGAAGGGCGACGCAAGGACAAGGAAAACAGACUGAAGCAAAGAGAAGCGCGACUGGAGCAGCGCAUCCAGGAAUACAGAGAGAAACUCAAGACGGUCUCGCACGACCACCGCGAAUCAGAGGAGAACUUAAGGAUUGCCCACGAUACAGAACGCCGCCAUAUGCAGAAGCAAAUCGACCUUCUGAAAUUGAGACUCGGCCCUGGCGAACGCUUCCCGGCCCUGCCUUCUGCCGAGCGGCAAUUCCUCAGUCCGCGCAAAGACCACACUGGGGUUCAGACAUUUGAUUUUGCUGGUCAGGAUCAUGAAGCACCCGAAGAGGAGCCUACGGACGACAUCGAGCCACCUCCCAGCCCAAGUCCACGUUCCAAGGUCCGCGAGUCAGGACCGAUCCCGCGUAGCACCACCUUUGGAACCCUACGGUCUCGGCGUAACGCUCAAGAAAUCGCCGCGGACGAGGACGAAGUCACACACUAUCUCAACAAGAUCUUGCCAAAGCCCCGUCACGAAUCACAUAAGGAGGGACUGAACGAGCUCCCUCCCUCGUCGCCUCCUGACGUCUCGGCCCUCAAGUCCUUGAACCGUACAUUCUCACGGCGACGACUUGGCGACGGCCAGCGCUCGUAUCGCAACCUGCACAUGCCGGGGGAGGAUGACACCAAGCUCAGCAAUAAACCUGCCCAGCGUGAACGGCCCCACAUCAAGACCACUCUGGAUUCACUCUCAGACCUGCCAUAUCGCAGCCGUUAUCCAGGGUAUACCAUCUCAGCUGGCGAGCGGGUAGGUAAGCGAUACUCGGCGCCCCCUGCUGUACAGCGCGAAGCUCUUACCCCUGAACGAUAUGCUGCCGCUAAAUCGCGGAUCCGGCAGCGAACAGCCCUUGGGAAGGAGAAUGUAUGA